AACUACACUUCUGCACUUUAUUUUCUUUUCUCGAAAAUCCCAAAUUCCCUUCACAUCCAUCCUUUCCCAAUCAUGGUGCAGUCCUCAGUUCUAGGCUUCCCUCGUAUGGGCGUCCUUCGGGACCUCAAGAAGGCAACGGAAGCUUACUGGGCUGGCAAGAUCUCCCAGGAGGAACUCCUCAAGGAGGGCAAGAGACUGCGUCUUGCUCACUGGCAGAUUCAGAAGGACGCCGGCGUCGAUAUCAUUCCCAGCAAUGACUUCGCCUACUACGACCAGGUUCUCGACCACAUCCAGCUCUUCAAUGCAAUUCCAGACAGAUACGCAAAGACCGGGCUGGAUGCCCUCGACACGUAUUUUGCCAUGGGCCGUGGCCACCAGAAGGACAAUGUAGACGUGCCCAGCUUGGAAAUGGUGAAGUGGUUCGACUCGAACUACCACUACGUAAAGCCUACCUUCCAGGACAAUCAGACCUUCUCUCUGGCCUCGGACCCUAAGCCAGUCCGUCACUUCCUCGAGGCGAAGGAAGCAGGAAUCGUUACUCGCCCAGUCCUCCUCGGGCCUGUCUCCUUCCUGCAUCUUGGCAAGGCCGACCGUGGACACACAGUCAAGCCAAUUGACUUGCUUGAGAAGCUCCUGCCCGUCUAUGUUGAGCUUCUUCAGAAACUGAAGGAUGCCGGUGCUGAAACUGUGCAAAUUGAUGAACCAAUCCUGGUGCUUGAUCUCCCCAAGCAGGUUAAGGAUUCUUUCAAGGCAGCAUACGAGAAGCUGUCCGCUGCUGGUCUGCCAAAAGUCGUCUUGGCCACGUACUUCGGCGACAUUGUUCACAACUUUGAGGUUAUGCCGAGCAUCAACCAACUGUAUGGUCUGCACGUUGACCUUGUCCGCAACCCGGAGCAGCUGGAGAGUGUCAUCAGCCAGCUUGGCUCCACACAAGUUCUGUCUGCUGGUGUCGUCGACGGCCGCAACAUUUGGAAGACUAACUUCAAAAAGGCCAUCGAGAUUGUUGAGACUGCCAUUCAGAAGCUCGGCAAGGACCGUGUCAUUGUCGCUACUUCCAGCUCCCUUCUUCACACCCCACAUACUCUUGCAAGCGAGAAGAAGCUAGAUCCCGAGGUUAGGGACUGGUUUUCCUUUGCUUGUGAGAAGGCUGUUGAGGUUGCUGUUAUUGCCAAGGCUGUGACCGAAGGCCCAGCCUCUGUCCGUGAGCAACUGGAGGCCAAUGCCAAGUCCAUGCAGGCUCGCGCCUCCUCGAGCCGCACCAACGACGCAGCAGUCAAGGAACGCCAGUCAAAGGUUACUCCAGAGAUGCACAACCGGAAAUCUCCCUUUCCAGAGCGAUAUGCUCAGCAAAAGACUCAUCUCAAGCUUCCUUUGUUCCCAACAACGACUAUCGGAUCCUUCCCACAGACUUCCGAGAUUCGUAUCCAGCGUAACAAAUUUACGAAAGGCGAGAUCACAGCCGAGGAGUACGAAAAGUUCAUUGAGAAGGAGAUCCAGGAAGUCGUUAAGAUCCAAGAUGAGCUUGACCUCGAUGUAUAUGUGCAUGGCGAGCCAGAACGCAAUGACAUGGUGCAAUACUUUGGUGAGCGCCUGAACGGCUAUGUGUUCACAACCCACGCCUGGGUUCAGAGCUACGGCUCCCGCUGCGUCCGCCCACCAAUCAUUGUUGGUGAUAUCUCCCGCCCAGCUCCCAUGACUGUCAAGGAGUCAAAGUAUGCCGCUUCAAUCUCCAAGAAGCCAAUGAAGGGUAUGCUUACUGGUCCGAUUACCUGCCUGCGAUGGUCAUUCCCCCGCGAUGAUGUCCACCAAUCCGUUCAAGCCCAGCAGCUGGCUCUUGCACUGCGUGAUGAGGUUAUCGACCUCGAAGCUGCUGGCAUCUACGUCAUUCAAGUCGACGAGCCGGCAUUGCGAGAGGGUCUACCCCUCCGAUCUGGCACUGAACGUGAGAAGUACCUCUCAUGGGCGGUCGACUCCUUCAAGCUUUCUACGGCUGGUGUCAAGGACUCCACUCAGAUCCACUCUCACUUCUGCUACUCCGAAUUCCAGGACUUCUUCCAUGCCAUUGCUGCUCUCGACGCUGAUGUGCUUUCUAUUGAGAACAGCAAGAGCGACGCAAAACUUCUCAAGGUUUUCGUCGACCAGGCCUACCCUCGUCACAUUGGCCCAGGUGUGUACGAUAUCCACUCUCCCCGAGUACCAAGCGAGCAGGAGAUUAAGGACCGCAUCGAAGAGAUGCUUGCCUACCUCCGCCCUGAUCAACUCUGGAUCAACCCAGACUGCGGCCUCAAGACCCGCCAGUGGAAAGAAACCAAAGCUGCACUCACUAACCUGGUCAAUGCUGCCAAAUUCUACCGUGAGAAGUACGCGAAAUAAGUGUACACCAAUCACGACGCUUGUAGUCACGUUCAUCCAUUCGGGCCUUGUUAAUGCGGCACUAAUUCAACUUGCUGCUGCCCAGUUUCUUCUUCUACUUAUUCAACAAAUGCAUGGGCGGUGUGCUGGAGGGUAUUGGCAGGCGUUUCUCCAGUCCUUAGGGAAAUAGGCAUGUGCAGAACAAAAAGUUAUGACCCGCUUCAACUGGGUUUUCUUGCAUCGAUGGGAUGGAUGCAUAUGGAGAACGAGGUGUCUAAGUGCGCAUUGAGGAUCAAAAAUCAAUUGUGAUACCCGCAGCUUCAACAAGCUGUGCCCCUUUGAAAUGAAAAUGAAGUACGUAGCAACACAAUAGCUGUAGAUGUCAGAAAUAUCUCAUCUGGACCCUUUGACGACUUCACGCAA